AUGUCCGGGCGUUCUUACGGUGAUCUGCCCAUUCGAGGCGGUCGUGGUGGUGGUGACCGUGGCGGUUCCCGGGGACGCGGCGAUGGAGGUUCGGGUAGCCGUGACAGUGACCGCGGCUACAGCGGAGAUCGAGGCCGUGGCAGUGACCGUGGCAGUGACCGUGGAGGUGGUCGUGGCGGACGUGGCGGGUCUGAGGGGCCCUCCAGAAUGUUGACAGACCCGGUUGAAGCCCCCAGCUCCCGUGUUCGGGACUUUGAGGACCAGUACGUUGUAGAGUCUGCAAAGGCUCGACCGGUCUCCAACUCUUUGGCUCGGCGUCCUGGCUACGGCACCCAAGGUCGUUCGAUCGUGCUCCGUGCCAACUUCUUCCCCAUGGAAUUCAAACCAGGCAUCGUAUUCCAUUCCUAUCGACUCAAGAUCAAGCCUGAGGCAAAGAAAGGACAACAAAAGUUCAUUCUUGAGAGCAUGCUCCGCAAGUACACUCUCUUCAAAAAUAUCGGCGUUGCCACUGAUGGGGCCACUGAGAUUGUCACGACAGAGCUACUCCCCAAGGAUAGUCCGUCAUUCAUUUGUUCCAUGGGCAAUGGAGGUGGGCAUGGAAGUGGGAGUUCGAAAAACUAUACUGGCCCUUGGGAUAUCACUUUGAACCAUGAGCGCUCUUAUUCACCAGCUGACAUGAUUGCGGCCGCUCGGGACAUCAACCGCCGAGAGGAACUUAAGGAUGAAGCUCCCAGUCUCCGAGUACUGAACAUCCUCAUGAGUGCAUAUCCCUUUAAAGAUCCCGGUGUUUACAUCAUCGGCAAGGGACGAAACAAAUUCUUCCGGAUGGGCCGCGGAAAGCAGUCAAUGGAUAUGGGGGGUGGCGCUGAAGCCACUCGUGGUUUCUUCUCAAGUGUCCGAGUUUGUGCUGGCCAAAUCAUGAUAAAUUUGAAUGUCAGUCACGGUGCAUUCUUUACCCCAGGUCCAUUGACCAAACUGCUUAAAGAAUACGUGAUCAUUCACAAACAUGACGCGGACACGUUGAACCGAUGGGUGAGGGGCUUGAAAGUCUAUGCCACGCAUCUAAAACCUCGAGAGAACGGAGCUGGCCUGCAGGAAAAACCUAUCAAAUCAAUCCUCGGAAUUGCCUCUCCUGAUGAUGGACGCGGGGGCAUCCACCCCCCAAAAGUUCUGCGUGUGGGAUCUUCUGCCUCAAACGUGAAGUUCUGGAGGGAAGAGGGCGAGAAGAAAGGUUACAUCAGCGUUACUGAAUACUUCUUAAUAACUUACAAUAUCAAGCUCGUACAUCACAAUGAUAUGCCGGUCGUGAAUGUUGGAACCCGUGAACGUCCAGUUUACCUUCCUAUGGAAGUUUGCGAAAUCCUCCCCGGGCAACCCUUCAAGCCCGACCCUACCCCGACCCAACGACAGAACAUGAUCAAGUUCAGUUGCCGGAGGCCUCCUCAGAACUAUGACUCUAUUAUGAGUGAGGGGUUGGGCAUCAUGGGAAUCUCUGGAGGCCAUAUCAAGGCGGUAGGGAUCAAGCCCGGCAACCAAAUGGUCACUGUACCAGCACGGAUUUUGGCUCCCCCAAAUCUGCUUUAUGGCGGCAAGAAGACCACUAACCCUCGAAACGGCUCGUGGAAUUUGAUCGGCACCAAAUUCGCCCAAGGCGCCCAGAUCAGCAGAUGGACCUGUUUUUGGAUUCGGAAGUCCGGUGUAGAAGAUCCAUUCACAAAACCUGAUUCCGAGAUGGACGCCUUUUACAGGAAGUUGCGUGACCAUGGCUUGUCGCUUCCGGCGCCCUGUAAGCCGUAUCUCUCUGUUAUUCUCGGUUCGAAUGAUAAAGAAAAUCGAGAUAUCAUCAGGUCAUCUUUCAAAAAAUUCAUGGGGGUGUUCCCAUUCGUGGUUGUCUUGCUUCCUACCACGGAGGGCAAAGUCUUCGAUUUCGUCAAGUAUGCCGGAGAUCUCAAGACUGGAGUCCUUACGCACUGCAUGCAAACCACCAAGUUUAAAGGUGCCAAUGAGCAGUACCUGAGCAACAAUGCCAUGAAGGUCAAUCUCAAAAUGGGAGGAUGCAAUCAACUCCUGCAGCCGGCGAAUGCACGCUUUAUUGGUACCGCAAAGAACACCAUUGUCGUCGGCUUGGAUGUCACUCAUCCCUCCAGCGUAGACCCGGAAGUCUUCCCCAGUGUUGCUGCCAUCGUUGCCUCCGUUGAUUAUCGCAUGGGACAAUGGCCUGGUGAGGUUCAAGCCCAAGCGCGCCGUCAAGAGCACAUUGAAUUCCUCGAGCAGAUGAUGCUUACCCGCCUGGAAUUGUGGAAAGAUACCAACAAUGGCAAUCUUCCCCAAAACAUUCUUGUGUACCGCGACGGCGUUAGCGAUGGUCAAUUCCCCAUGGUCCUUAAAGAGGAACUUCCAAAAAUUCAACGGGCCGCCAAAGCGGUAUACCAUGGAUCAAUGCCCAAUAUCACUAUCGUUGUCUGCGGAAAACGUCACAAUGUACGUUUCUACCCUACUAACUCCAAGGAUCAAGACAGAACAUCCAACCCAAUCAAUGGAUGUGUCGUUGACCGCGGAGUUACCCGCCCCAUCUACUGGGACUUCUAUCUGCAGGCCCAGGCUCCGCUUCAGGGUUCUGCUCGACCAGCUCACUACAUCGUGAUUCAUGAUGAAAUCUUCACUAACUCGAAGGUCAAUACGGACCGCAAGCCAGCUGAUGUGCUACAAGAACUUACCCACAGCAUUUGUUACAUGAUGGGCCGGGCUACUCGCUCGAUCAGUUACAGCACGCCUGCCUUCCUGGCUGAUAGGUUCUGUGAUCGUGCCCGGAAGUAUCUGUUGGCUUUAUGGCAUGAAAGUAACCAGUCCAUCUCAAACCCGGAUAAAUUCCUAGGCAAUACCCUGUCUAUGGCGAGCGCAUGUCAGAACAGCAUGGUCUACAUCUAA